AUGUCACGUCGAGCAAAACAGAUUCUAGCUGCAGAAGCACGAAAAGCAGCAGAUGACAAUUCAUUUGUACCAGUUCUUCUCCUAUCUGAACUUGAUAUUACCAAAUGUAGUCAUCGGCAAUUUCUAGAAAUUCUAACCAAUUUCGAUGAAAUCUGUGCUAAUCGACCUGUGGAUCAACGUUCGACAUAUGUAGAACGAGUUCAUCAUCGAAUGCUUCAACUGUUAUCUCAAAAAAUGACCAUUCCAUUGGAUAAAAUUGUGACAAUGGUCAAACAGUUAAUUUUAUUUCAUCCAGUUAUGACAAUUUUAACAUUGGACGAUUUAAUGAAAUUUGAUGUUCAAAUGGAAAAACGAUCAUUAAUUAUUCAUUUUGAUUUGAGUGGAUCAAUGAACGUACCCGGUUUUAAUCCAUUAGUUCAGACCAUCAUUGGUCUGUGUACCAAAUUACAAAAUCAAGGUAUUCAAAUAUACAUAUCCUUGUUUGGUGAUGGUCAUCAAGAAAGAAUACAUACUGCAGUCGGAGGUCGAUUACUUACUUUAGAUGAAUUUUCAAAAGGAAAUUAUCCACCUAAUGGUGGUGGUACCGCUUUCUGUCCAUCAUUUCAAAGAACAAGACAAUUCCCUACACCUUAUGAUGCAAUCAUCGUUUCUGACGGUGCCUUUACUGACAAUAUUUCUCAAUUGACUUUUCAAGAACAAUGUCAUACUGUUUUCUUUGUUGCACCGCCAUGGUCUCCCUUAGGUGUUGAAGAGAAACAUGCAAAAGCAAUAGCAUCAAGUGUCCAUCCUAAUGUUCCUUAUAUUGGUAUUGCUUCGGAAAAAUAUCCACAACUUGACAGUAUCAUUGAAGGCUUUUUACAAACAGCAAGACUCAAUUUUGAACGAUGUAUUCGAGGUGAUGAUUUUCGAAAUCUUAUGUCAUUAGUAACACCACUGAUUAAGAUAUCCCAAGCUCAUUUAGAAACAAGUAAUGCUUGUCAACAAUUGUAUGGUUAUUUAAGCAAAAUAAUGAACAACUUUGCACAUGAACAACAAAAGCUAAUCAAGAAUUUAGCUAAUGAUCCGAAAGCAAAAGCAGAAGUAACAAAAUUUUGGGAUGAUGCAAUGAGUUUUAGUGAAAGAGCAUUGAUUAUAGAAGAAAAUCAACGAAAAUAUGGACAACCAAUCGGUUAUUUAAAUGUUCGAAUCGCUAAUUUACGUAUUCUUAUAUGGCGAAAACCGGAUGGUACUGUCGAUAUAAUGUCUAUUCUACGUCAAUUACCACUUUGUCUUCAACAAUAUCAAUAUUCACAACAAAUUCAAAGAGAUAGCGUAUGGACAUUACAACCAUUAGCAGCUAUUCGGUUGGCUUGGGUAAUGGAUGCAUCGGGUCGAACAUUUCCUGAUUUUAUCCCACAAGCUUUAUCAAGUUUAGUCGUAUCGAAUAAAUAUCUUUCUGAUCUCGAUCAAGAUAAAAAUCGAUCAACAUUUUGGAUGAAAAUUUUACGUCAAGUUUCUCCAAAAAUUGAUCUUACAUCUGAAACUUUACAAUCAACUCAUCAAAUUCUUACUGUUCACGUUUUGAAAGGAUUUUUACUUCAAUUGACUGAUGGUUCGAUUACUUAUGAGAAACAUGUUUAUGAAAAUGUUUCACCAUUUAUUGAUACAGAUGAACCAAUGGCUUGGUGUGUCUUUGUGAAUAAAGAUUUCGAUCUAGUCAAUGCUCGUACUGGUCAAGUCAUUGAACGGUCAACAUUUAUCACAGAUCCACACGAAGUUGAAGGAUGGUAUAGAAUGAAUCUUCAAAAACGUGGCUCUGUAGUUCGACCACAAUAUUUAUCUAAACGAGAGUAUCCCACCUUUCCUGAUGGUGCAAUUGAACUGUACAAUACUUCUACUCGAAAAGAUGUUGAUAUUCUACGUGAUCAAUUGAAGGAACUUGGUGGUGAUUCUUAUUCAUUUGAUCAAAUCAAUGCACAUAUCUAUACAAUUCGUGAUCGACUCACAACAAUUCCAUGUGUGCUUUGGGGAUCAACAGAUUUAAUAAAUCAAACAACAGCUAUAGCCAAAGUCACAUGUCAAGGUGCUACAUUACCAACAGAGAAAGUAACAAUAAACAUUACUCGACCAAUCAUCAUUGAUUACUUAGUAUCACAUUGUCAUGAUCCAUUUGUUACUGGAGCAUUACGUGGAUUUGGUGAAUAUGCACGAAUUGCAAGCCAACAAGCAUCGAAUGGUAUUACGGAACUUGAUUAUGCUAUUGAAUGUGGACAGAAAGCCACUACAGAAACAACUACUGUGCAAACCGCAUCAUUCAUUCAUUUGGAUAAAUCAGGUGUUCGAGAAUUUCUAGAACAACAGUACAAGAAAUUAACACGAAGACUACGUUCGGUAAUGAAUCCUCCACAAUUCCAGAGUGUAUCUGCAAUGUUUCAAAAAGCACAACAAACAAUAGCUAAUGAAGAAAUUUUAGGUAUGUCUGAUCUUGAAUCGCUACCAACACAAAUAACUACUAUAAAAUCAGCUGACAAAUCAUCACGAUCUGUUCUCAGUAAAGAUUUGUUCACUUGUCCAAUUACACUCGAUAUUAUGGAUAAUCCUGCAACAACAGCACCUUGUGGACAUAUGUUCGAAAUGCAAGCUAUCAAUGAUUAUUUAACAACAGUUAAUGUCUGUCCUAUUUGUCGAACCGUAGUAACUGGUGUUACCCAAAAUUAUGCCUUUAAAAAUGUUAUUGAAGCAUGGUUAGCACAACAAACAGAAUGA